AUGUCGGCCUCGAACAAAUUUAUACUUGUUUCUCUUCCGCUGCGGACGUUCGAUUCCAGCGACAAGGAGGAAGCCUUGUCGGCACUCCGAGCUACUGUCACUGCUGAUAAUGGCACUGUGCUGCCCUUCGCGAUACCGGACUUCAAGAUCGGCACCCUCGACGCCCUCGUCCAGCAAGCAGACGACCUCGCUAAGCUCGAGAGCGGCUGCGAAGGCGUUGUGGGUCGUGUUGCCGACUCCCUGAAGACCAUCCUCGAUGGCGACGAGGACAAGAUUGCGCAACAGAAGACGGUCAAUGAUAAGCCCACUGAUCACUACCUGCGCUCCUUUAGCUGGAACAAGGUCAGAUAUCGAGCGGACCGACCUCUUGCCGAACUCAUCGACACCCUUCAGAAGGAACUGGUCAAUAUCGACAAUGAUGUCAAGGGGAAGUUCAACCAGUACAACUCGGUCAAGUCGAAUCUGGCAGCACUGGAGAGGAAACAAACGGGCAAUCUGGCCACGAAGUCCCUUACCCCGAUCGUUGAUCCGUCCCUGCUCGUCCAAGACUCCGAACACCUCGAGACGCACCUGAUCGUCGUUCCCUCGAGCGCGAAGAAGGACUACCUCAAGAGCUAUGAGACACUGGCACCUAUGGUCGUUCCCCGGUCGUCGGUACAAGUGGCACAAGACGACGAGUUUACGCUAUUUGCGGUCACGACGUUCAAGAAGCACAGCGCCGAGUUCCUCCAGAAGUGUCGAGAGCAGAAAUGGACGCCUCGCCAGUACAAAUACACCGCCGGAGGAAAGGAAGAGGAGAAGAGAGAGCUCGAGCGGGUCACCAAGGAGGAGCGCAAGGUCUGGGGCGAGGCGCUGCGGCUGGGAAGGACCGGCUGGAGCGAGAGUGUCAUGGUGUGGGCACACGUCAUGGCGCUGCGCGUCUUUGUAGAGACGGUAUUGCGCUACGGUCUGCCCCUGGAGUUUGUCAGUGCUCUUAUUCAGACCACGCCGAAGCUGGCCAAGAAGGUGAAGACGAACCUGGAUUCAUCGUACUCGUAUCUGGGCGGCAACGCUUUCGGGAGGGACAAGAAGGGCAACAUCACAAAGGACGAUGCUGCCCUGACGUCGGAAAUGGCCGCGGCAGGGGUUGGCAUGGGCGAGGGGCAGGAGUAUACGGCAUAUGUAUACUACGAGAUGGAAUUCCCAUAG